GUAAAGCUGCUGCUUGAUCGCAAAGACGUCGAAAUCAAUUCAAGAGACACGAAAGGGUGGACACCUUUAUCCUGGGCGGCUGAUCAAGGGCACCAUGAUGUAGUAAAGCUAUUGCUUGCUUAUAAGAAGAUUGAAGUCGACUCCAGAGAUACUUCUAGACGAACACCUUUGUCUCGAGCAGCUGAACAAGGGCACCGGGACGUGAUGGAAUUAUUGCUUUCCCGCAAUGAGGUUGACGUUAAUUCGAGGGACGAGGAUGGAUGGACACCACUAUUCUGGGCAGCUAGGCAUGGGCAUCAGGCUGUGGUGAAGCUACUUCUUACACAUAAGGGUGUG